AAACCGCGGUUAGUCCUCCUGGCUGGCUGGCUGUAACACAGACAUGACCAAAAAUAUUUGUCCUGCAAGUGAAUCGGCAUCAGGAUGGGCCAUCGGAUGAGCAGUCAAGUCCAUCUUCAGGUGGACCGGCUCCUGGGAGAUCUUUGGUGAGGAACGUGUCGCCCAUCAUGGAGGGCACACAUACUGUUUUGCUUCUGUAUGUGCCCAUCCGUGAGCUCAGCAACAUCAGCCUAUAUUUCCCUAAGCGGCCGGUCCCCAGCUUCAAGUACAAGAGCCGCACCCCUCCUUCAGCCCAGACCGGUAAUGACCAUGACUGUGGAAAGGAGGAUCUCACUGUGUCCAAACAAAGAGGCCAGUCUUCCAACUCCUCGGGCAAACCCUUCAGCUACCAACGGGCAACAAAGGCGGCUGUUGCAGAGCUCUGCUUGCUGGCUGCCGAGCACCACCAAUUACUGGCAGACAUCUUAUCCCUGUGCAAGGAUUGUGCCAAUAAAGUCAAGAUGGGCAACCGGGAUGGAAAAAUCCAGGAUUACAACAUGGCCCCGGAGGUUGACCCAGGAGCUGAGGUUGACUGCAGCAGAAACUUAACAAGUUCGCCAGAGCAUACAGCAACAAAGAGUAGAACGAUGAAGAUGAAGGGAGGCAAGAGGCUUGAUAGUGCAAAGUAUUCCCCGCACAGUCAGAUGAAGACGGGAAUUUCAAAUGGAACUCCGUCCUUUGAUCUUCCCGCUAGGAAUAGUGCAACCGCAGUCUCAACAAUGGAGGAGAUUCCAGGUACAUCGUCGUCCGUCCAUGUGUUUCACGGUCCUUUUGUCAAUGCAGUCACUAAUCCUCUCCUGCUUAUGGCGGAACCCUUCCAGAUCACAGGAGAGCUCUGGGACUUUAAGGAGGACAACAGGACCUUUGACUCAGAUGUAGAUUUCUGCAAUGACUUCUCAGAGUGUGACAGUGAGCAAGGUUUUGAGUCAGCCUCUUGCAGCCUGAUGGAAGGCCUGACCCGAAGGGAAAGUGGGAGUAACCUUCGGCCUGUAAAGAAGUUUCCAACAGAGAAUGCAAGAGUCAAGUCCACUCAGCAGCUGCUUUGUGAAAGCAACCAGGGAGAUAAGGGGGUGCGGUUGGUGGCUAAAGUGCAGGACUUAGAGGGGAAAAUGCAACGUGUCAGUCAUACAAGUCCAAAUGGGUCAGGGUCUUCAGACUCUUACACUGGAACCAGCACAUACCCAAAGGAGUAUGUACAGGGGAGAGAAUCAAGCGGAGACACACGUGUUGUGGUUAGUCGAGAAAAGACUGGUCAAAAGCUUGCUGAGGGCCUACGGUUGCCCCUUUCCCAUACCCAUGAAGUCCAGAACUUAGCUAAACCUCACGCCAAAAGCCCCUCUUCACCUUUUCUCACUGGCGUCUUCAACACAUCCUUCCCUGCCUCCAAAAGUCUCCAGAGCAUGUCACCAGCCCCGUCACCGAGCCCGAAGCUCAACCAUCGGAUAGUGCUGCUUUCCGAUAAUGAUGUAGACCAUGAGCGAGACAGCUCCAGCAACGCAGAUGAGCCCAAAUCCUACACCGAGGUCACUGACAAGUACGGCCACAGACGAACAGUCACGCAUCUGGGUUUGAAUCUCAGCAGACGGCCGAGCAACUCCGGAAAGUGGAAUUCUUCCGGCAACUGCACAACCACAGAGGACUCCCUCCUGCGUCAUGAAGAUAUUUGGAUGCUAGAUGGCGAUGACCCUCAGGAACCCCUGUCCCUUGUUCCCCGCCCUGAUCACCUGGAUUUCCUACGCAUUACACCGCCUGAGGAUGACAUCAUCGGGGAUACACCUUAUUAUCCCAAGCUGGAGUGCACAACGGAGGCCACGUCACCUGCGGACAGUGAGGACCGGACUCCGGGUCGUCUGCAGGCUGUGUGGCCACCACCCAAAUCGAAAGAUGAGGAAGAAAAGGUUGGGCUCAAGUACACAGAGGCAGAGCACCAGGCGGCCCUCCUGCAGCUCAAGAGGGAAUGCAAGGAAGACUUGGAGCAAAUGCAUUCAGAUUUUGAGCUUCAGAUCUUCCAACUUCGAGGCGAGCAUGCUGUUUCAAUAUCAAACCUUGAAGGUGUCAUAGCCAAGAUUCAAAAAGACAAGGCCUACAAUGUGGCGCGCGGAGAGACCCGAGACGUGGCUGUGUCGACUGCAGAUGACCCAACAACCAAAACUUGCCGCACUGUGGGGAUCCAGACAGACAGAGAGACGUUCAUCAAGAGCCCAGAGGUUGAGGCGGGUGGUCUCGUUCAAGCAGCCGGCCAGAACAUGCCGAAAAAACUUAACUUGGACUCUAUCGGACUCAAUCUGGGGUUUAAAACAGCCUCAGGGCCUGCUGGACCAGCCCCGCCUCCACCACCCCUGCCGGGCCCCUCAGGACCACCGCCACCUCCUCCACCUCCGCUGCCAGGCAUUAUGGGAGCACCGCCGCCGCCGCCACCACCACCUUUACUCGCCGGGGGUGGCCCUCCACCACCCCCGCCACCUCCCCCUCCUGGUCUACCUGGAGCAGGCCCUCCGCCGCCUCCCCCUCCUCCAGGCAGCAACCCCCCACCACCUCCAUUCACGGGGGGGUUCAGUUUCACUCAGAUGUUGGAAAAGCCCCCUCGGAAGCCCGCUAUUGAACCCACCUGUCCCAUGAAGCCUCUAUACUGGACCCGGAUACAAAUACAUGACGAUAACAACAACACGUUGUGGGGCUCCCUGGAGGAGCCGGGCAUCAUCGGGCCAAAAGAGUUUGAAGAUCUUUUCUCCAAGGCCACGCCUCAGCCACUGAAGAAACCUUUGUCAGACAACUAUGAGAAGAAAGUCAAAACAAAAAAGAUAAUCAAGCUGCUGGAUGGGAAGCGUUCACAAGCUGUCGGCAUCCUUAUAUCAAGCCUGCAUCUGGAAAUGAAAGACAUUCAGCAAGCUGUUCUUAAUGUGGAUAACUCUGUGGUGGAUUUGGAAACGAUUGAGGCUUUAUAUGAAAAUAGGGCUAGUGCUGAUGAGCUGGACAAGAUCAAGAAACAUUAUGAGACUUCCAAAGAGGAUGAGGUCAAACUGCUAGACAAACCUGAACAGUUUCUCUAUGAGCUCUCCCAGAUUCCCAACUUUGCAGGCCGAGCCCACUGCAUCAUCUUCCAGUCAGUUUUCCUUGACACCAUCUCCUCCAUCCGUUGUAAGGUGGAGAUUAUAAAGAGCGUAUGCAAAGAACUGCUGGAGUGCAAAAGUGUGCAUGAGGUAAUGGGUCUUGUUCUGGCCUUUGGGAAUUAUAUGAAUGGAGGGAACAGGACAAGAGGUCAAGCUGAUGGCUUUACUCUCGAGAUCCUCCCCAAGUUAAAGGACGUCAAGAGCAGGGGCAAUCACAUGAGUCUGGUGGAUUAUGUGGCUUUGUACUACCUGCGAAAUUUUGAUAGCCAUGCUGGUACAGACAAGAGUGUGUACCCUUUGCUGGAACCCCAAGAAUUAUUCCAGGCUGCACAGGUCCAAUUUGAAGAUCUAAUGAAGGACAUCAGGAAGCUGAAGAAAGAUUUGACAGCUUGCGAGCGAGACGUACAGAAGGUGUGUGCUGACUCAGCAGAGGAACACCUCCAGCCGUUCAAAGAAACAAUGGAAGGAUUUGUCUCUACUGCACAAGCAGAGCAUUCUACUGAAGAGGACCGCUUCAAUGCUGCACAGAAAAGGUUCCAGGACAUGGUGAGCUACUUUGGGGUAAAGCCAAAGUCAGGAGAUAAAGAAGUGGCCCCAAGUCACAUCUUUAUGCUCUGGUACGACUUUUGCAAUGACUUCAAGAAUUCUUGGUUACGCCAAAGCAAGAACAUCUCCAAGGAGAGGUUGAAGGAAGCUCAAGAGAACAUCAAGAAGAUCACAGAUGAGAAGCGAGUGGAAACGAAGAAGAUCAACGCCAACAGUCUGAAAGAGAGGCUGCGGCAAAAGGAGUCCAGUGUGCCAUCCAGUUGAGUGACCCAAAGACAGAAAGAAUCUGCUGCGAGUGAUGAGAGUCCUAAAGGCCAAAGGUGGCUCUCAUUCAUCCAGCAUGGCGUGACCUCUUAGUGGCCAGCUUGUGAAAGGUCUCAGUGGGUCAGUUCACGGCUCUGCUGGCACAUCAAUCUUGUUCUUCCUUGAGAAUGGAUCUUGUUCCUCAUCUGUGCUGACAAUCACUUAAAGCUUGUUUGUACGUCCUCGCUGUUGUCUGGCCUGUUGCCCGAACACUUCCCGGUGUCCUUUGCUGUGGCGACCCGCUUUUCAUUUACUCAUUCUGAAGACAAUAUGAUGGAGCAGGGGGCUCCGCUAUGGAGGCAAUAUAAAGCAACACGAGCUUUCUUUUCUGUUACAUUGGUCACACGUGCUUCGUCUACCGCUAACAGCGUGUGUACUUGCUUGUUGACGACAAGAGCGCAAUCCCGGGAGUAAGUCUGGCCCCUGUUUCCUGCUACUCACGCACGCACGCAUACACAUAUCAGGUACCCCCAUACAUGCACUUACCUAUUAAAUGAACAUUCAAAGCUGCUAAUUUCUCCCUCGCACAUUGUGUGACACUUUUUAAGCACUUUUCCGCUUGCAAGAGCCGAGUGUAGUAUAGUUGUAUUAUUCCAGCGAUGUCCAUUUUCUGUGCAAGAAUGUUCAUUUUAUCAAGUGUCGGAGGUUGUAGGCUCUUCGAUAAUGUAGCUUUGUUUUAUGUGUCAAAAAGAAUAUACACUCCCGUGCUCCCCAUUCAAGAAAAGUCUAUUUAUGAAAGAAAGGAUUUAUUUUAUGUACAGAGACAUCGGCACUUGUUCACUUGGAGAGUGUGGUUUUAUGACUCGGGAUUUAAUUGAGUGAGAAGCUGGACAAAAGUGCAUAUGAGCAUAGCAGUGCAUUGCGCCUGUAAAGUAGGGCUUCUUCGGGUGGCUGCGACAGUGCAGGGUUCUGAAUAUUUAAGCCCAAAAGCCACGCUUGUCAUAACACCUCUCAGAGAAACCUCGAUUAUCGGAGUUCAUGUAAAGAUGCAUGUCCGGUGACCCUUUUCCCCUCCACCUGUGCCAUUUACUUUGUAUGAAAAUCAAACUGUUGCAAAACUGGAACAACAGAAGAAUGUGAGCUGCUUGGUGGGUCUUCAACUGUAUGCGUAACAGUGGAUGGGAGCCCUGAUGCAGAAGUGUCAU